AUGAAUAUACAAAUUGUUAGCAACGCUAUUAAUCAAGCUGGCGGUACAAAUUAUACAAAUGAAUUUGUAAUGCUGUUGCCUAUGAUGUUGGACGCUGAAAAUAGGGAACUGUUUAUGCAUGUUUUAAAUAUAUCGUACCUGUUGACUAUUGAAAAUGUUCUAAAAGAGAAAUGCGGUGUUCGAAUUACACUUCAUUUUCCCACAACAAGUAAUUCGGGUAUCGCAAUUAAAUACAAAACGGAUAUGAUUUAUAUACCCUUGGGGUAUUAUUCAUUAAAAGGACUUAUAAGUAUUUUGAAUAGUUAUGUUUACGAAUAUGAUGUGCGUUUUACGGUAUUAAAUAGCGGUCGAAUUGGUGUUACAUACAGUAUUGAAAGAGAAUAUUGGCAUUCCGACACUAAUAUUGUUACAACAAAUAGCGCGCCUCUUCAAAUAUAUCAAACUUUUAGCCAAAAUACUAAUGAAGGUACUGAAUUUGAGAUGGAACUUACGGAAUCAUUACAAUAUAUGUUGGGUUUAAGAAAAAUAGUGGUUCAUUCUUCGGUCGAAAGAUUAAAAAAUCAUACCACUUAUUUUAACGAAACACGACAUCUUGUUUCAGCUGAAGAAUUUAACGUGUUAAAGUAUUAUGAUUUGAUGAAUGUGGCAAAUGAGUUGGGUGAUAAUAAUUUUGCAUGUACUUUUAUGGGUGCAGAAUUACCCGAUAUAAGUGAUGGAGUCGAUAAAAUGUUUAUAUACUGCGAACAGUUGGAGAUGUCAAUUGUAGGCGACACAUACGCGCCAUUACUUGCAAUUGUACCUUUAAAAGAAAAAGAUCGUGGAAACGGGUCAUUGUGUGUGUAUACUCCACCUGAUACUAGACAGCAAUUUAUCAAGAGUAGAAUUAACGAGUUAAAAAUUGGUUUAUACGAUACAACACACACAUUAAUACCAUUCAGUAGCGGUACUGUAAAUAUUGAAUGUGUGGUAGAAUAA